AGCAGCAGGUCCAAAGAAGCUUUUUCCAAACUGUUUUUCACAACAUUUUUCCUUUGAUCACGGUUUUGUUUUUGUUUCUGAGCGGAAAUAAGCACAUGCACAACUGAAUAACUGAUUAUCCCCUCGAUUUUGAUGUCUUACGUAGAUCCGUAGCACUUUGUAAAGACUAUCGAUAAUUUUGAUUCAUGCUUACCGUUACUCCAGCAGCUACAAGUAAACCCAAGGAUGCCAUGCGAGGCUUCUAGGCCUCAGAGCCGGGAUGGAAGUAUAUUGUCCUCAGCAGGCGCGGCAGUCUCGUGUGGUCUGACAAUAGAGGGAGAGCAAACUCCUGCAAGAGGAACAGCGCAGCUGCAGAGCUGACACGACCACCAACAUGCUCGCCCGCGGUUCUUGUGCGGGGUCAACUCUGGUCGCGCAGUAUACAACAACCUCGCGUCCAUCGAGUUUUGCCUUCCCGCUCGGCAGAUGCGGGCUGCAGCAGGUGCAACUCCGCUUCUUUUCCGAUGAGCCCUACUGGCGCAGACCCUCGGUUCUCUCCGGGGCGGGAAACAAUAGCAGCGCGCGAAACAGCGCCGGCGCGCCCAACACCACGACAAAAAGCUUGUCGAAAGUCGGCGAGCCCCCGCGGUUUCAGUCCAUCCUGUCCCUGCCAAUCAGUCGCAAGCCGCUUUUUCCCGGGCAGCGCAUGCCGAUCUGGGUCAGGAAUCCAAAAGUCGUAGAGGAGAUUAACCGAUUGAUUCAGAGCCAGACCCCAUAUCUGGGGCUGUUCUUACGGAAAGACCCGGCAGAGAUUGCAGGAUCUGGUGGGACGACAGCAGCGGCAGGAGGCAGCAGCAGCAGCACGGCAUCAGAUCAUGCCGAAAGCGCAGACCAGGAGGGCAGCACCACGACGAGGGGGAGUUCGGCGUUUGACGAGGAGAUUGUGACGAACACAAAUCAGCUCUAUGAAGUCGGCACACUGGCUAGCAUCCAGCAGGUAAUGCCACUGCAGGCGACGGGAGGACUGCAGGUACGCACUUGAUAUUUUUUUCACGAGAAGGUCAGAUUGUAACAUUUCAUCGAAGCUGAAGACUAGUUUAACAGGACGAAGCUGAAGAAUAGUUUAAUUCUUCUACACCCCAAACCCUUUACUGGGUAACAUCAUCAUCAUCAUCGGUCCACUUUAAGAACCUCCUUUGUCGUGAAGUGGUCCUUCACAAGAGCGAUUUCUUCGAAAUGUAUAUAAAACUGCAAUCUUAAUCUUGAUUUUUAUCACGCCUGCGAAUUGCAUCAGAUCCAAGUGACCGGACAUCGGAGAAUAACGCUGAAACAAAUUGAAAACUUCGGCCCGCCGCUGCACACUAACGUAGUGCAUUGGAGCAAGAACGCGGAGCAUGGAACCCCGGGAGCUGCAUCAUCUUCUUCUUCGGGCUCCUUGAGUACUAAAGACGGCGACACUGCUAAGAAUUCCGCCGCCGAACAGGAAAACGAGCAGAUGUCGAGUAUCAAGUGCAAAAAUGUCUGGGUCUGGAAAAGUGUAGACUUGUCAUGCUGAUUUUCCAUGACCCAUGAGGUCUGGAAUGCGGGACUGAGCAUGACAGACUCUGCGAAGUCUCUGCCAUGCCUGUCCUGCAUGAGAAAGAAACGCCCUUCCAACUUGGUCAAAAGUGGACAGCUUUUGGCACUCAUGCAACAUAGAUUUUUGCAUGCUUCAGAUUUACCAUGACAAGUUGCAAUCUUCCAGACCCAGACAUUUUUGCAAUCCAUAUCGAGGGCUUUGGUGCAAGAAACGAUCAAACUGAUCCAGGACAUUAUCAAAAGGAAAAAUCCCCCCUCCCCAUUAUAUCGCAACGAAGUUUCUGAUGCUGGAUUUCCGUACACAAAUCAGAUUUGUCUUGCAGUGGAGGACUGUAGGCAUAUGUCAAGCCUCAGUCGAGAGGUUUUGACGUAGGCGACUAGCAUGACAACCGUGUAUGCUCUAAGCCCAACAGCAUCACAAACCGCCUGCAAAAUGUGGGGCGCUCUCUGGUCUUGCCUUCUUGCAAGACAGACAGGAUUUGAGGUCACAAACGCGCGUCGCAAAUUUUCAGACGGAUACGUUUGCAAUAUGGGGAGGGGGGAUUUUUCCUUGCAAUAGACAUCUUCCGGCUAAACCCCCAGUUCCGCGAGUUCCUCGAGUUCGCGAUGCAGUCUCCCACCUUCAAGUCGGACCACCAGAACCCCGGCCGACUGGCGGACUUCGCCUCCGCCAUGACAUCGGGCACGAAAGAGGAGACCAUGCAGGUGUUCCAGAUACGAGAGUGCACAGAGCUCCUCCCCCUCGACCCCCCGCAUUCAAGACGCGGCAUGAGCAGCAACACGAGUCGUGCUGACAUGAUAGGUGCAGCUUUUGCAUGACAAGAAAUGAUCGCGACAGAGUCUAGUGCUGAGCUUCGGCUUCUCUGUAAACCUGUCAUGCAUAGUAGUGGCAAAAGCUAAAAGGCAAAGUGUAGUACAGUUGCUGUUGUGCAUGAAAAACUGAGAACGAGGGGGAAUCAAUUGUGCAACUUCAUACCACGAGCCGAACGGCGUGAAGCGGCUGCAGCUCGCGUAUCAGCUUUUGCAGAAGGAACUGCAGGUGAUCGAGGCGCAGGUGAAAAUUCGGUCCCAGGUCGAGGAGACGGUGCAGAAACAGCAGAAUAUUACAGUGAAAAAUGCCCCCACCCCCAGCUUGGCAGCAUUUGUAUUGCAAACCUUCGCAACAGAAACAUUCCCCGUCUUGCAUAUCUCAGCAUCACAAAUUUUCCAUGCUGAAUAGGUCAAAUUUGUGUUGCGAAGUAGCCCAACAGCAGCCGGAUCUGUUAUUCACAAGGCACCUUGCGCACCCUGAUUCUGCAUCAGAAACGCUCGCAGUCCUUUUAUGCAAGACAAAAAGCUUUUAUUUUGACACUUUGCAUGGAAAACUUCUGCAAAUUCCGAGGGUGGGGGCAUUUUUCACUGUAAUACAGAAGGACUUCUAUUUGCGCGAACAGCUGAAGGUGAUCAAGAAGGAACUGGGGAUGGAGAAAGACGACAAGGACGCGCUGGCUAUCAAGUUCAAGGACCGGAUUAUCGCAAGAAAAAACUGUUUCACUGUGAACUUGUGAUGCAGAGAAUGGAGCGCAGAACGAUUUGUCUUGCUACACCUGCAAGACAUUGGAUUUUUCAGCGUGUUUUCCCUUGGGAAGUGCGCAUGGCAAAUUUUCUGUGUCAUGUGUAACAAACUUGUGAUGCAGAUCUUGCAAGAUCAUCCCAGUGAAACAGUUUUUCCGUGGGAUACGGAUAAAAGACCGGAAAAUCCCGGAGGAGAUAAAGGAAGUGAUCGACGCGGAACUGGACAAAUUGUCUUUCCUGGACAAGAACUCCUCCGAGUUCCAGGUCGCGCGGAACUAUUUGGACUGGUUGACGGUUUUGCCCUUUGACCUGCAGUCGAAGGAGAAUUUCAGUUUGUCCAAAGCGCGAACGGUCCUGGACCGGGACCACUACGGGCUGCAGGAUGUGAAGGACAGAAUAUUGGAAUUCAUCGGCGUUGGAAAAUUAAAAGGAUCGGUGCAGGGAAAGAUCAUUUGCCUGGUCGGCCCGCCAGGGACGGGAAAGACCUCCAUUGGGAAAAGCAUCGCCGAGUCGCUGAAUCGGGAGUUUUUCCGGUUCUCGGUCGGUAUAGAAGUAGAGUUAUUUUUUUUAUUCGGCAUAAAACAGUGGGUUUGCAUUUUCAUGUUCAGUCUUAUGUCCCAUGAUGUGCUGAUGAUGUGUUUUGCAUUUGCAGGUGCCUGCGUACGUAUGUACAUGAUGAGCAUGCAGUUAUUGCUGUGGGUGUCUAAGUAUGCGACGAUUUCUAUAUUUUGUGUACUCCAACUUCAAAAAAAUACUGAAACUACAGGCGGUCUGCACGAUGUGGCGGAGAUCAAAGGCCACCGCCGCACCUACAUUGGCGCCAUGCCGGGGAAGCUGAUCCAGUGCCUGAAACAGACCAAAGUGAACAACCCCUUGAUCCUGAUCGACGAGAUCGACAAACUCGGGCGCGGGGGCAUGCACGGCGACCCGUCGAGUGCGUUGUUGGAGGUUUUGGAUCCCAGCCAGAACGGCACCUUCGUGGACCAUUUCCUCGACGUACCCGUGGAUUUUUCGCAGGUUCUGUUCCUCUGCACGGCAAACGUCUUGGACACGAUACCAGAACCGCUUCUGGACCGCAUGGAGGUGGUGCGGCUGUCGGGAUACGACCUCCCGGAGAAGACGGAGAUUGCGAAGAAUUAUUUGAUUCCCAAGGUGAUGGAGCAGUCCGGGCUGAAGGGGAAGGACGAGAUAAGUUUUAUCAGCAACGACGCGGUGGACAGCGUGAUUCGGUGGUACUGCCGGGAAGCGGGGGUGCGAAACCUGCAGAAGCAAAUCGAGAAGUUGUGCCGCAAGCGGGCCUUUCAACGCGCGGAAAUCGCGGACAAGCUUGAGGUAGCAGAGGCGAAAAGGGCGGAAGAGGAAAAAGCGAAACUUUUGGCGGAGGAGACGCGAAAGAAAGAGGAAGAAGCGAAAAUCGCCGCCGCAGACGGGAAUGCGGAAGUAGAUUCAUCUGUGAGUACAACUAGUACCACAGAUAGUGGUCCAGCUUCAACAACAUCUUCCGAAACAAGCAAGACAGAGAUUUCAAUCGAGGAAGCAACGGGGGACUUGACAAUAACACCUGGAGAGAGCAGUAGUACAACAACAUCUACUUCACAGGCUUCAAUUUCAAACGAACAAGCUUCGGAUCAUGCGGAGAAUGGUCCUGCAAUCGCUGGAACUACAACUGAGUCCACGACAACGAUCAGCCCAGAAACCUCUUCCUCUUCAGCAUCUUUUCCUGCGUCAACUACAGAGCCAGAAGCUACUACGACAGCAAAAACCGGCACUGACAGUACAACUACCGACGAAAAAACGUCGUCAACAAGCUUGACGACAGAAGCAGGUGAACAGGUUCCUUCAACAUCAGCACCCACAGAAACAGUAAAUGCCGCUGAUGCACCAGUCAAGCCCCUUCCAACGAUCACGGCGGAGAACUUAUCGGACUACCUCGGCAAGCCGCUGUACACCAGUGACAAGCUCUACGAGACACCGCCCGCCGGAGUGGUGAUGGGUCUCGCUUGGACGGCGCUGGGCGGGUCGACGCUGUAUAUCGAAACAAAAGCGAUCGAGACCGCGGAUAGCGGGCGAGGGAGCUUGAACGUAGUUUAUUAUGUAAGGGAUUUGCAUAUAAAACGCUUGAUGUUUUUCUGAUCGAGAUAAAAUGAUCAACGGCGAGUUGUGCUGUAUCUUAUCUCGUGCGUCGUGAAGCAAUAGUUUGCUGAGUACAACUUCUUCUUGCGUUAAUAAAUUCUUGCUCCUCUAUAUAUGCCUUCCUCCAAAAAACACGACAGGUGACGGGGCGUCUAGGCGACGUGAUGCAGGAGUCCAGUAAAAUCUCGAUGGUGGUUGCGAAAAAGUUCCACCCCGCGGUAAUCGAGUUUGCCAGGAAGCACGACAUUUACCUCCACGUGCCCGAGGGUGCGACGCCGAAAGACGGUCCCUAUCCUAUGUAAAAACGUCCCCACCCCAGAGUCAAGAUGGGGAUUUUGCAACACAAACCUUGAAGUUUUGGGAACCACGCAUGACAAAUUGCAGGCUGUAGUGUAGUGCAGUUUAGCAAGGGAAGCCGCAUAACAAAUCGAUCGCCUUAUGCUGUUUACAGCAUUACAAGUUCCAAAACACGAUUGAGAAUGCCCCUCAUGGGAGCGCGCAUUACAAACGCUCUUGUGCUUGCAGAUCUGCAUCACAACUCUGGGGUGGGGACGUUUUUACUCAGGAUAGCCCCUCCGCCGGGAUCACCAUGACCACCGCGAUCAUUUCGCUUGCCUUGAACAAAUCCAUCCUGCCCAACAUCGCCAUGACGGGAGAAGUGUCCUUGACCGGGAUGGUUCUCCCCGUUGGGGGCAUCAAGGAGAAAACCAUCGCCGCAAGACUAUUCUAAGGAAAAACGUCCCCACUCCAUAGUUGUCAUGCAGAUCUGCGUGCUUAAAAUAUUUCUCAUGCGGAGCCCCAUGAGCAGCAUUUUAGAGUGGUGUUUUGCGAUUUGUGAUGCUCCAAUCAGCAUGCCAUUCUAGAUCUGUGAUGCUGCUGAACUAGCUCAACACGAUUACACUAGGAAGCGAGACUUGUCAUGCGCAACAGCCAAAGCUGGCCGAUUUGUGUAGCAGGUUCCCCAUCUUGACUAUGGUUAUGUGGUCCAAAUACCAAGAUGAGUUAAUCCAUUUAAAUGAAUUAUUUUUUUUUUGCAGCUGCAGAACCUGGAGGCGCGACUUGAUAUGCUCAGCGGUUGACAUCAUUGUUUGGGGUUGUGGUCCUUUGCUUCUGUUGGUGUUUUGCCCGGCCUGCACAAGCUCCCUCGCAGAUGAUGUGAUGGCUGCUGGAGCUGCAUGCUGACGCGACGGAGACUCGCGUUUUCUCCAGACGAAAACCAUCCCCGGAAAAACAGGGCCCCACGCACCGAGUAAAAUUUGGCCUGAUUCAAACCUGGCCCUUGAGUCGGAUUUAAUUUUGGCCCAGCAGGGGCGGAAUCAAUUCGAAUUAAAUCGAAAAAAAAAUCUCCCAGGAGGGGGAAUUAAAAAUAAUUAAUUUCCGGGUCCGGCCCCGCGGGCUGGGUCAGGAUUUCAUGUGUGAUUUCCCUGUCAAAUUUUUUGGGCGCGUUUUUUUUCGAUUAAUUCGUUUAAUUCGUUUUUUUCCGGGCGGGAAAAACGAAUUUUUUUCCCGCCCAGUGAGAUUUUUUUAUUUUUCCCCCCCCGUGGGCCCCGGGGUGAGGCCUGUGGUGGCGGAUUUAAUUCAGGCCCGAAUUAAUUCUGUUUGGGCCAUUGGCUUGCGGCUUUUCUCGCCGAGCCGCAUUCUUGUGUGAAAGCGAAAGAAGCGACCUCCCCUACUCGGCGCUCGCGCCCAGUAAAAAACUCAGCUGGAGAUCCGGCGCACAAGCAAAUGUAUGUCGGAGACGCGUCCGCUCGCUGACUACUUCUCGGCGAAUUGAUCCCGUCCAACAUAUCUGCUGAUCAUUGUUGUCGGCGCCACGCUGCGCCCUCUGUUUGCAAAUUUUCUUAUUCAUUCAAUUCAAAUAACUCAUCUUGGUAAUUUUUACCUCUUGACUAUGGGGUGGGGACGUUUUUACUCUGGAUAAAGACGGUCCGCCUGUGAGAAACUGAUUUUCCCGGAGGGCAACCGCAGGGAUGUGGAUGCGUUGCCGGCGUAUUUGAAGGAGAACAUUGAAAUCUUUUACGCGAAAGAGUACGACGAUGUCUGGAAAAUCGCGUUCGGGGAAAGCGAAUUGCCAUGUCGUGUCGUACCGUAUGGAAUGCAAAUAUGUCUGGGUCUGGAUGAAUGCAGAUGUUUGUCAUGGACACUUUGCAUAACCCAUGGCGUCUGUGAUGCAUGCCCUAGCAUCACAGAGUUUUUCUUGACGGCUUUCUGAUGCCCGUACUGCAUGAGAAAUGCCCUCUCUGUGUAGCAAAAACUUGACCUCCCUUGCUGUUCAUGAAAUACGAAUUCUGUGUAGAAUCCAAAGGCAGCAUCACAAGUUGGGAUCCUUCCAGACCCAGACAUAUUUGCAAUCCAUAUACCGCCAGCCGCGCCAGUAGUUGAGGACGGAUCUGCGGCCACCACAGCUAGCGAGGACACAGCGGGAGCAGCCACAACUUCUGGUGCGACUGCCUCGCGACCGUCGGUGACAAUUCCGGAGAGCGACGUAGUGGAAGAUGUUGAUGAUAACAGUUCGACCAAUAAGGUCAGAAUGUUGCAGCAGGUGAAGGAAGAAUGAUUUUCUUCACAGUGGUAUGCGACACCAAUUCUACACACUAAAGCUAAUGAACUUGCUCAUAAUCAUACGUAUUGUUAUUUUGACACGAACGACCCAGCACACGGCAGGUCGCUGUUGUUGCGCCGAUUUAAUGUGAAGAAUUUUUUCAAUCGAGAUUGUGAUCCUAUGCUACAAUUUUCUUACACGGAGCAAAAGUCAGCAAGUACUUAUCUAAUUUAUGCGACGACCUAGCGAUCUACUAUUUUCUGAUGUUGUUGUUAUGCGACACCUCUAAAACGACCUGGUUCUUUAACUCUUCAUAGCGACAACUCCAUGAAAAGAAAUACAUUUGCGAGGCUGGAAAGCAGCUUCUGCUGGCCAGAUAAGAAACCGCUCUCAAGUAAGAGUACAAUGGGGAGAAAUCAAAUGACAAUCAAUAAUUGAUGAUUUUCAUCUAUAUGGCGAAUGUCAAU